AUUUGAGUUUUCAUUAUGUUCUUCAUACUCAUUGUGGCGGCCAGUUCGAUAGGAGAAGAGCUCUUUUACCGUGUUGCUGUACAGGGUGCUCUUUCUGAUAUGUUCUUGAGAGGGACACAACUGAUGACAGAUUCUAGAGGCAUGGCAUCUCUGACCGGAGUCUUUCCUCCAUUUGUACCAUUUUCUCAAGCAUUUGCAGCUGUGAUCACCGCAACACUCACAGGCUCUCUCUACUUUCUUGCUGCUUCUCCAAAAGACCCGAUAUACAUUGUUGCCCCAGUCCUAAGAUCACGCCGCGAUGAUUUUAAGAAGCUUUUGUCAGGUACUAGCUACUUCUCCUUUCUUCUUCGGAUCAUAUUGUUUCUGAGAUAUAGGGAUCUAAGAAGUGAUAUUGUUCUCCUAAAGAUAGUUAGUGUAAAAUGACUUGGACCUCAUCGUAGGAAAUAUAGGAGGAACCUUCAGGACCAAAACCUCU